AUGGAGAAGUUUUUGAAGUACGCAAGCUUUUUCUACACAGUAGUGGGUAUACGGGUCCAUACCAAUGGUGAAGAGUCGAGAAUGGACAGACUUAGAUAUCGCAUUGUGUUUUGGGCCAAUGUGAUCAACCUGAGCACCGUUGCAAUAUGUGAGAGCAUCUACGCAUACAGUGCCUUCAAGGAUAAUAAGUUCCUGGAAGCCGUCACUGUGAUGUCCUACAUGGGCUUCGUCUUCGUUGGGUUGAUGAAGAUGUUCUUCAUCCGGUGGAAGAAAUCGGCUAUAGCUGAACUGAUAAAUGAACUGAAGGAGAUCUAUCCGAGGGGUUCAGUCCAAGAGGAAAGAUACAACCUGCCGAUGCACCUGGGCACCUACUCCAGAAUCAUCUUUACAUAUUCCUUGCUCUACUCGGUUCUGAUCUGGACAUUCAACUUAUUCUGUGUAAUGGAGUAUUGGGUCUACGAAAAGUGGCUCAACGUUCGAGAGGUGGGCAAGCAGUUGCCGUACCUCAUGUAUAUUCCUUGGAAAUGGCAGGAUAACUGGUCGUAUUACCCACUGUUAUUAAUCGAGAAUUUCGCAGGACUUACUUCUGCAGCUGGACAAAUUUCAACCGAUAUCUUGCUCUGCGCUGUAGCCACUCAGUUGGUAAUGCACUUCGACUUCCUUUCAAAUAGUAUGGAACGCCACGAACUGAGUGGACAUUGGAAGAAGGACUCCCGAUUCCUGGUGUAUAUUGUUCGAUAUCACGAACGUAUCAUCCGCAUUUCGAAUGUAAUGAACGAUAUAUUCGGAAUACCACUACUACUCAACUUCAUGGUAUCAUCGUUCGUCAUCUGCUUUGUGGGAUUCCAGAUGACUGUCGGAGUGCCGCCGGAUUUAGUUGUGAAGCUAUUCCUCUUCCUUGUCUCUUCGAUGAGUCAGGUCUACUUGAUUUGUCACUAUGGUCAACUGCUGGCCGAUGCUAGCCAUGGAUUUUCGGUGGCGACUUAUAAUCAGAACUGGUAUCAAGCCGAUGUGCGCUAUAAACGAGCCCUGGUUAUUAUAAUGGUUAGAUCGCAGAAGGUGGUUUUCCUAAAGGCCACUAUAUUUUUGGAUAUUACCAGGUCCACUAUGACAGAUCUGCUUCAAAUAUCAUACAAGUUCUUCGCCCUGCUGCGCACCAUGUACACCCAAUAG